AUGAAUAUCCAGCCAGUUGCAGCCUCGUCCGCGCCAUACAAUGGCCCUGGGGCAUACCCGACUGCGCCCUCGGGGGGGCCGCCGGGGUUUGACCAAUACUCGCGGCCGCCUCAGUCCACCACUCCGACGGCCGCUUACCCCGGCCAAAGUUAUGGAGGACCUCCGCCUGUUAUGGCUUCCAGCGUGAACGUUCAGCCUCCGGUCGAGCAUAUGGCCGGCCCAGCAGCCUAUCCGACUCCACACUCGCAACCGGCAAGCAUGGUAGAGGCACCCCGUCCGGCCGCUGCCCUGAACCCUCUUGCAACGACUACCCAGGACCUGAAGUCGAUCAAGACAAGCACCCAAUUCGCGUUGCGGGAGUAUCUAUCCUUGCAAAGAAAGAGGACUCGGCUCGAUGGCGCCACAUCGUUGGAGUUGGAAGACCAGAUCAGGACUCAGGGCCGCAUUCUGCUUGGUGACCUCAAGUUCUUGAGAAAAGAGGUUGGGUUCUUGAUCAAGGAUGGUGAGAACCACCGCUGGAGGAAUUGGCUAAUCGGCGGAGCUGUGGCGACUUUUAUCCCGGCUGUGAAGAGAAUCUUCCGCCGUCCUUCUGACAAGUCUGAGAACGAGGUACAGGCGUCCAACAGCACCGAAUAUGCCUUUUCACGUAGCAAGGCACUAGUUGCCCGCAUCAAGGACAGUCUCCUUGGCCGAAACAGUUUCGCUAGCAUUGCCUUCUUUGUCUUCGCCGUCUUGUAUGUUUUCACCAACGAGGUCUCCCUCCAGGUGGCAAAGACAGUUUCGAAGCGUUUGAAGCGACUCAGUGCCAAGAUUGAGCGAGGCGACUCUGAUGUUGUCGAGCAGGACAUGAAGCUUCUGGAGGGCUGGCGAUGGCGGGUGCUUAUGUGGGGUCAGUGA